AUGGGGGGAGGAGGUAUAGAUGGUAGUGUUUAUAUAUGGGACAUGAAGGCGCAGCAGCAAAGAGCAGCACUACAAGGACAUCAAGAUAGAAUUACUGAGCUUACCUUCUCAGAGAAUGGAUACUAUCUAGCUACUGCUAGUGCUGAUGGAACUGUCCGUCUAUGGGAUUUAAGGAAGUCUGCUUCCUUCCAGACAUUAGAGAUAGGAGAAGAAGGAGUAAAAGAUAAAGUAACAAGUGUUUGUUUUGAUAACUCGGGGCUUUUUCUUGCUGCAUGCAGUGCAGCAGGAAUUGUUAAGUUAUAUAACUUCGAGAGCAGAGCGCAUGCAGCCCCAGUUGCUACCCUUAGGGGACAUACAGAUGCGGUUACACAAUGCACUUUGUAUGAUUUCUUUUGCAUGUAA